AUGUCCUCAGAUGAAGUGGUAGAUAUCAUAAGCUAUCUACAGGACAGCCAUGAGUACCUCGCCGAGGGAAAGGCUUCAGAAGCAAGGGUUACUUGCAUGAAAGCAGCUGUUAAGGCCAAUAAGCUUCUAGAGGUACUGGAUCAAGGUAGUAUCCAUGUUGCUAAGGCUUUGGCGUCAUUUACGUUACAAUGGUUUGAGAAGCUUAAGAAAGAUGGCCAGAAGGCCUUGACAAUGGCAGAGAAGCUUAUGUGGCUUUCUUGCGAGAUAUAUGACGUUGACUGGACGCCGGUGCUUGACUUUGGCGGUGGGCUUCGGUCUAUAGACUUUCUGCCCACCGACUGCUAUCAGAAAGAACUAGAAUUUCCAAGUAUAGGUUUUCUGUAUGGAGCUACGUUUAAGAGUCCAGAAAUGACGUCUGGUCUUGAAGGCUUUGGCGACUUGUGCCAGGAUUUGCUUCCAAACUGCUCGUUCGUGCUGUCGCUUCUUUCCAUCCACGAUAUGGGCCUUGGAGAAAAGCUCGAGCGUCUUGUUAAGUACAACCAAGAGUUGGGCGUGGCCAAGGUGAAGUUGUAUAUCAACGGCUGUGAACGUGAACUCAAUAUCGACACAGAGCUUCCUUUCAUGCAACCUCCUCACCAGGAUCGGUAUAUGAUGGUCCGUUCCAGCACCAACAGCCUGCUCUAUUGGCCUGCGAUCCUCGAAAAAGCAUACCUCAUUGCUCUGGGAGAUGACUAUAACUUCUCUGGCUCCAACAUGGCCCAGGAUACUUAUAUGUUGCUUGGAUGGGCACCAGAAGUUCGUAAGAUCAGCAAAUUGAGCAUUGAUCUGCUUGCAGAGCUCUGGGACCUCAAGAAACGUGGCCUUGUGGCUUUGGGAUUGGGUACUGGUCCCAUGCUGGACUCUUUGGCGUCCCAGUUGAAGGUUGUUCCUGGCCACGACUAUGUUGUAUGUGGAUACAGCAAAGACGGGGUUACCUUGAAGAACCCAUGGGUCAGUGAAUCGAGAGACCGUCUUUUGGAAGUUGAUGCCUCUGUGUUUGGCCAUUUCACCUACUUGUAUUUGAACUGGAAUAUGGAUGCUCUCUAUAAGCACAGCUUUUCCACUUCGGUCAUCAGUGCACCUCCAAAGUCGUCUACGCUUCUUCUUGAUAGACCUCAGUUUGUCCUUGAGAACAGCUCGUCUGAAACACAAUCGGUUGGAAUUGUGGUAGAGCAGUUCUUGGUGAAAACGGAACCCUUAUCUCCCUACUCUGUCAGCGUUUAUGAAAACACAAGAGGAAAAGUCAUCUACCCUUCACAAUAUGUUCGUGCCGCUGGCGGCAAGAUGACAAAGUCUCGCGUUUACUUCUUGAAGUUCGAUAUCUCCCCCAAUUCCAAAUAUACUCUUGUCAUUGCAGGAACAGAGACUAAGACCAUCUUUCUGGUAAAGCUCUGGAGCCACUCGCCUACUGUGUCGCUAUACAAAGCAAAACCACAAUAUGCAAAUGUUGUGGAGAUCGAGGACUCGUGGACAGCAGGGGUUGAUAAUGGCGGUAACUGGGCAUUAGAGCUGUAUAUCGACAAUCCACAAUGGGACUUGGAUAUUAAACAGAGGCUUCCAAAGAUGUUCAUUGCAGUUUCGUCCAGUGAAACAGCAGAUGUCAACUUCCAUUUGCUUCAUACAGACAAAUCCCAGCAUAUGGUCAAGCUCCGCAACUUUGACAAGUCAAAGCUUCUUUUCUGCGACAACUACUCGCCUGGUAUUCACCAUCAUGAAGUGCAUGACGUGGAACCUGGUCAGCUCAGGUUGGUUGUCUCAAACUACGAUGCUAGUGUUUCUGGUAAGUUCCAUCUUAUCGUGAUGUAUGAUGGUGGGAAGAAUAAUGUUGAAUUGGAAAAAGUUCCCAAAGCUUUGGGGCUUUACAACGAAACGGUGAAGUUCAAUUGGGACCAAAGGAAUCGCUACAAGCUAGUUAUUCGUUCGACUGUCCCCAAUACGAAGGUCACAUUCAAACUACAAGCAGGCGAGAAACCGCAGACUCUCUCGCUGUAUCGACCAGCUGUACGUGGGUCUCUCUUUGAUAGUGCGACACAACAACCCGUGCUGGUGAAUGAUAAAUGGAAUGACAGCGUUUACGGAGUGUUUGUUGACUGUACGCUUGCUAAAGCUCAUCAUGACUAUAUUCUAUUAGUUGAGCGCUUUGAGACCGGCGACGGCGUUUGUCGUGUAACGCUGGGAUCUUCAAGCAAGUUGACCAUCACAGGAGAGGAUAAGCAGGUGUAG